AAUAAAAUAACGCCUUCCGUCCCUGAAAGAAACCUUCGAGAACUAUUUUGACAAAGAUUAUUUCCCACCGCGACUUCUGUUUUACCUUUUCCCCUAAGCCUCCUUUUCCAGAGCUCAGAAAAACUCAGGUAAAAACUUGAAAAACAAUGGGCGAUCAGAUUGCUAGGGCGGAGGAUUUCGAGAGGAAAGCAGAGAAGAAAUUGAGCAGCUGGGGAUUUUUCGGUUCCAAACAUGAAGACGCCGCCGAACUCUACGACAAAUCUGCCAAUGCCUACAAGCUCGCCAAAUCCUGGGACAAAGCUGGAGCAACAUAUGUCAAGUUGGCAAACUGUCAUUUGAAGAGCGAAAGCAAACAUGAAGCCGCCACAGCUUAUGUUGAUGCUGCACAUUGCUACAAGAAAACAAAUGUUAAUGAGGCCAUUUCUUGCUUAGAGCAGGCGGUAAAUAUGCUAUGUGAUAUUGGAAGGCUUAAUAUGGCUGCAAGAUACUAUAAGGAAAUUGCCGAACUAUAUGAGUCUGAACAAAAUAUUGAGAAGGCUAUUGAGUUCUUUGAAAGGGCAGCUGAUUUCUUCCAAAACGAAGAAGUAACAACGUCGGCCAACCAGUGCAAGCAGAAAGUUGCUCAGUUUGCUGCUCAGAUUGAACAGUACCCCAAGUCUAUUGAAAUUUAUGAAGAAAUUGCACGGCACUCACUCAACAACAACUUGCUUAAGUAUGGAGUUAAGGGGCAUCUUCUUAAUGCUGGAAUAUGCCAACUUUGCAAAGGAGAUGUAGUUGCAAUCACCAAUGCAUUAGAGCGAUAUCAGGAUUUAGAUCCUACUUUUUCAGGAACAAGGGAGUACAGGUUCUUAGCGGAUAUUGCCGCUGCAGUUGAUGAGGAAGACAUUGCAAAGUUCACUGACGUGGUCAAGGAAUUUGAUAGUAUGACCCCACUGGAUGCAUGGAAGACAACCUUACUGCUGAGAGUGAAGGAAAAGCUGAAGUCCAAGGAACUUGAGGAGGACGAUCUUACCUAAGGUGAAAAAUAAUGAAAUGAUGUUUGUUUGGUUUGUCCAUUUGUUUGUGAAGAUUGUGUUUUGUUUAUCGUGCGUACAUCAUUCCUUUACACUUCAUUGAGAAUGUGUUGGAACUGAAUUGUAGUUGAUUUGGGAUUUAAUCCGUGCGUUUUCGACUUUAAUCGAUCUUUGUGAGUCCGUGGGAUUGUAUGUAUAUUCAAACCACUGUAUGAAUUGGCCUUGCUUCUAAAAUGUAUGGGGUUCUAUUCUGCCCUUAUCUUAACUUCA